UCGAAUUAUGUAAAAUAUACUUUCAAAAAAAGUAAGUAAGAAACUUACUGUCUCUGAAUUACGAUAAUGUUUGAUCGAAAGAAAUGAUAUUCUAUUUGUUAAAUCAAUGUUUUAAUGCUUUGCAUUGUAUAUAAUAAAAGUAUCUGUUUACUGGAAAUCUUCGCAUGCGCUCGCGUGAACUAUUCGAAAGAAUAAAGUCAUUGUAAAGUGAGAUUGGAUAACUACAUUAUUUAGGAAUGGCAGAUAUCAAACAGGAUCAUAAAGGUGAGGAUACUGAUAAUUAUGGAAUAGGUAAUAAUGCAGAACCGAAAAAUAUGCAAGAAUUAACGGAAUAUGUGCAAACAUUAUUACAAAAUAUGCAAGGAAAAUUUCAAACAAUGUCGGAUCAAAUUCUUGGAAAAAUAGAUGAAAUGGGAAAUAGAAUAGAUGAUUUAGAAAAGAAUAUUACAGAUUUAAUGACACAAGCUGGAGUAGAAGGAGGUGAUAAAUAAUUAUAUUUAUUGUAACAUCAAUUUUUAUAUAGAGUCAAAGAGAUCUUUUUCAAUAUCAACAAAUAAUAUUCUAUAAGAAAUAUUUAUAUAUUAUUGAUAUGCACAUUUGGUUAUUAAUGUAAUAAACUGAUUUCUUUUGUACUGA